UACCCAUAUCUAGAUUCCACUCCAAAACUGAGACUCACUGUAGUUAGGAGCAUGUAUUUCUGACACACAUAGAGACAACUUUUUUCAUAUCAAGUGCAUCAGUCUCACUUAAGACACCAUAGAUGUUUGCUUGGAAGACCGUUUCCUUAAGUUUUUUGUAUUUUUUUUUACGAUAACUACAGUAACGAGUUCUGUGAUACACUAUCAAAUUGACGAAAAUAUCUCAGAUUGAGGAAAAUGUAUUUUAUACUAGAUUAUUAAAAUGAACGUAAUCGUUUGCGGUAUCAAAUUACUCAAGUGCGAUGUUCUCUAUUUUCUGAUUGUGUGUAAUUUAUGCAUAUCUGCGACUAAUUGUCGUAGUAUAAACAGAGACAGAUCUCAUUCACUGCCGAUAAUUCCGGAUGUUGUACACCCUCCGAUACCCGUUGGAUUCAAUCUCGAUGAAGACGCCGAAGAGUUACAAGACCUGGAGGAGUAUGAUCCUGAAGUUAGACCAGGAUUAUUUCAAGGAGAUAUGGCAUUAAAUAAUGAGAUAUAUAAUUACUGGAGAGUUGGACUUCGAUGGGAUGUAUUUCCAGAAAAAUUAUGGAAAAACAGAACAGUUCCCUACGUCAUCAGUCCUCUAUACGAAACUGAACAUUACAUCACCAUUUACCAAGCAAUACAAACCCUCAACUUCAUGACCUGCGUAAAAUUUGUGCCAUGGGACGGUAAAGCGAAAGAUUAUCUCCUAAUAUGGCCAGUUAAAUAUCCGAGCGGAUGCUGGUCUUACGUGGGUCGUUACGGUGGUCCUCAGAUUUUGUCAUUACAACCGCCUGAUGACAGGAGCACGAAUUGUCUAGGAAGCGAAGGGCGAGCUUUGCACGAACUUUUACACGCUCUGGGAAUAUUCCACGAGCAGUCUCGAGCUGACAGGGAUAAAUUUGUAAAAAUUCACUUAGAUAAUGUUAUACCACAAUACAGAGUCAAUUUUGAUAAACAAAGUUUGGAAAACACAACGUACAGUUUCGAAUACGAUUACGAUAGUAUAAUGCAUUAUGGCAGAACUUUCUUCAGUAUCAGCAAAUCAAAACCUACGAUUUCAGUGAAACAGAAAGGAAAAACAAUCGGACAACGAAAAAUGCUGAGUAAAACUGAUUGUUUGAAAGUUAAUGACUUAUAUGGAUGUUUAGGUACUCCUCCGAAUUAUCGCAGGAAAUUCUACACUCUGUGUAAUUUUAUGGGAAUAUAACAAUACGCGGAACUUCAAACUUCAUACCAGAUUUUUUCGUGAAAUUGUUCAGGUUAUUUAGGUACAGAAAUAUAUUUUCAAAAGACUACUUGUUUGAGAAAAACAUUACAGUAUGAGGAAAAAUUUUAGUUACUUGAUAGCUUGAAAAAAGUGUACAUACUAGCAGGAAUAACAUACUUACAUUAUCUGUUCCGAAGAUAGCGAUUGAAUGGUAUGUUUUGAAAACAGUUUCAUUAAUUUAUUAUGAUGUACGAUGCUUUAAAUUUCAUUAAAUAAAAUGGUAAUGAUUAACAAAA